AAUGAACUGAAAGAACACCAAAAUUCAAUAACAUCAAUAGAGAAAGAAAGAAAAAUUUCCUCACACUCCUCUUUGAUCCGUUACUAUAUCAAACUCCAAAUAUUAAUCUUCGCAACUUCGGAAUUUUAAUCCAAAAAACCGUAAUUUUCUCCAACAUGAAUCCACAAUCACCGGUUCGACCUGAACCGGAUCAACCGGCUCGAUUCUCUCUCCCAUCAGGUUCAAACCGCAAAGUCGCGAUCGCCGUUGAUCUCAGCGACGAAAGCGCCUACGCCGUCCGAUGGGCGGUUCAAAACUAUCUCCGACCAGGCGACACCGUCAUCCUCCUCCACGUCCGACCAACUUACGUCCUCUACGGCGCCGAUUGGGGUUCCGUCACCUCCCCCACCGCCGACGGCGGUGACGCCUCCGAGGAAUCACGUCAAAAAAUGGAAGACGAAUUCGACAAUUUCACAUCAACAAAAGCAACCGAUCUUGCACAACCGUUGGUGGAAUCAGAAACUCCCUUCAAAAUUCACAUUGUGAAGGAUCAUGAUAUGAAGGAGAGAUUGUGUUUGGAAGUUGAACGGCUUGGAUUGAGUGCUGUGAUUAUGGGAAGCCGUGGAUUCGGUGCGACGAAGAGAAGUUCUAAUGGGAAGCUUGGAAGUGUGAGUGAUUAUUGUGUUCGUCAUUGUGUUUGUCCUGUUGUAGUUGUAAGGUAUCCGGAGGAGAGUAAUGGCGGUGGCGCCGGAGUUGAAGGGAAUGAUGGUGAAAAAGUUGAACUUCAUCCUGUUAUUGAGGAAGAACAUGAAGAUGAGUAUCAUGAUGCUGAUGAUGAUGAACACAAAGAUGCAUAAUGAGAUUACUGAGCAAUAUCAACAUCCUACUAACUUCAGAAAAUGGUCACAGCAUGCGUCAAAUGGAGAAGAAUAUGUAAAACUUAUCUGGAAGAAUUAUACAUUGUAAAGUGACUGUGUGGGUUGGAAUUUGUAUGCGUUUGAACAGUUUGUUUCUAUACCGCUUCAUGAGUUUGAAUAUACUAUCUUUCUACUACAACAAUGAUUGGAUUUGGAGGCUCUUGAUUGAUCCACUUCAUAUUUGGAAACCAACUGUAGAUGUAGUAACAAUGAAAACUUUGUCUUUGUUAUUGUCUUGUGUUUUAAGGUCAUAAAAUAAUUGGCUUAUGUUCGCCCUGUAAAUAUCCUUUACUGUGGUACAAUUUAUGAAUUAUCAUUUGUCUCAGAUGAUGUCAACAAAACCCAUUUGGAGUUUGUUGUGUUGGAUUAUAGUACAGGUUUCUGGUUACGGUGAAGUGUUUGCUCUGUACUUUCUAGCACUAUUUCUAAAACUAUUGUUGGGUGAUAUUUUUAUCA